UGCGCUCGCCCCGCCCCGGGGCUCGGCGGGCGGGCAGUGGCCAUGCGGCGAGCGGAGCUGGCGGCCGAGGCCGCGCUGCGGCUGCUGCUCCUCGCCACCUUCGGGAUCAUGGAGUUCCUGCCGCCCUUCCAGCGCGUGGUGCAGCCCGAGGAGAUGUGGCUCUACAAAAGCCCCUACGUUGAAGUGGAUCACGUCCCCACGGUCUUCAUGUUUUUCAUCGCUUUUCUGUCUCCCUUGUUGCUCAUCCUCCUGGCGAGGCUGUUCAUGGGCGCUGACCACGAGGACACGAGGGAAGCCUGCCUUGCUGCCAGCCUUGCUCUUGCCCUGAACGGGGUUUUCACAAACGCCCUGAAGCUCGUUGUGGGGAGGCCACGGCCCGACUUCUUCCACCGCUGCUUCCCGGACGGCCGAGCCAACGCGGAGCUGCUGUGCACGGGGGACGCGCGCAGGGUGAGCGAGGGCCGCAAGAGCUUCCCCAGCGGACACGCUUCCUUUGCCUUUGCUGGUCUUGCCUUCUCUGCCUUCUACCUGGCAGGGAAGCUGCACAGCUUUGUUCCAGGCCGGGGGGGCCGGGCCCUGCGCUUCUGUGCCUUCCUCCUGCCCCUCUUCCUCGCCACCCUCAUCGCCGUGUCCCGCACCUGUGACUACAAGCACCACUGGGAAGAUGUGUUGGCUGGCUCAGCGAUGGGCUUGGUGCUCGCAUACCUGUGCUACAGGCAGUACUACCCUCCCCUGACAGACACCACGUGCCACAAACCAUCUCUGGCCAAGCCCAAAGCACUGCCAGUGCACGAGGAGAAGCCUCCAGCUCCCAGCUUCCACAUGAACAUUUAGUGCCAGGCUCUGUCCUGCCUCUCCCUGGGUGCCAGGGCAGGGCGAGGCUUGGGGGAGGCUGCUCAGAAGUGAGGACAAACACCUGGGCAGGUGUUCCCUGCUGAGCUGGUGAGUUGCCUGCCCUGGCCCUUGUGUUUUUUCAUUUCAUUGAAUUUUGUAGGCCACCCCCUCUUCAGGCCCACUGUGAAGCGAGGGAGGCACUCGGGGUGCCAACCUGAACAAAGACCCAGUGGGUGUGAAGGUCCUGAACACAAACUGGGAAAAUGUGACAGCCCAGUGUGCCCAGUCUAGUGGAAGUUCUUGUGUCCAGUCCAGGAAGCACCACUGGCCACCUCCCUGCAGUCCAGCUGAGCUGUCCCAGCCCUUCUUCUGGGAAAUGAAGUGCAGGACCUGCUAACUUUGAGCUUUUCUAAUUUCCCAAAUAAAGGAGUUUAAUUUUUGUAAUGA